AUGACCGCCCAUCUCACGAGUGGCGCCACGAAAGGGGUCAGCAACGGCACCUACUCUGGUGUAUCAUUGCAAGAACUUCCUAAAUCACACACCUUCACAGCAAACUUACCCCCAGAUCCUGAAUUCAAAACGCCCUCCGAAUCUCACAGGGCACCGCGGGGAGACCUAGGCCCUCGAAUGGUCAAAGGCGCACUCUUCACUUAUGUCAGGCCGGAAGAAACAGAAACCCCUGAGCUUUUGGGGAUCAGCCGAAGUGCAUUGCACGAUAUUGGGUUGAAAGAUGGUGUAGAGAACACGGAAGAGUUCAAGAACGUGGUGGCGGGAAACAAGCUCUACUGGGACAAUCAGACAGAGGACGGAAUAUACCCCUGGGCGCAAUGCUAUGGAGGUUGGCAAUUCGGCUCUUGGGCAGGCCAACUUGGCGACGGUCGAGCAAUAUCACUGUUCGAAUCCACCAAUCCAUCGACGAAGACUCGCUACGAGAUACAGCUUAAGGGCGCCGGCAGGACCCCUUACUCGAGAUUUGCAGAUGGAAAAGCCGUUUUACGCUCAAGCAUUCGCGAGUUCGUCGUUUCAGAAGCGCUCAAUGGCCUGCACAUCCCUACUACCCGGGCCCUUGCCCUCACACUUGCCCCAAAAUCUACCGUUCGUCGCGAACGACUUGAACCUGGAGCAGUAGUGGCCCGUUUUGCCGAAUCCUGGCUACGAAUCGGUACCUUCGACAUAAUUCGCGCUCGAGGCGACAGAAAACUUGUCCGCACUCUCGCGAACUACAUCGCUGAGCACGUCUACACGGGCUGGGAGUCUCUCCCGUCGGCUCUGGAAGAUCCAUCGAAGCCCGGCCCAUCCGCUAUCAAUCCUCCCCGCUCCGUCCCAUCUCAUAAGAUAGAAGGUGCGCAAGGAAUAGAAGAGAAUCGUUAUACACGCCUCUAUCGCGAAAUUGCCCGUCGUAACGCCAAAACCGUCGCCGCCUGGCAAGCUUACGCUUUCACAAAUGGCGUCCUGAAUACCGACAAUACAUCUCUCCUUGGGCUUUCCCUCGACUUUGGGCCCUUUGCUUUCCUUGACAACUUCGAUCCCAGCUACACCCCAAAUCACGAUGAUCACGCUUUACGGUACAGCUACAAGAACCAGCCAAGUGUUAUAUGGUGGAACCUCGUGCGCCUGGGCGAAUCAUUGGGUGAACUCAUCGGCUCUGGCGCCAAAAUCGAUGAUCAAACCUUUGUGGACAAGGGCGUCUCAGAGGAUUUUGCGCCGGAGCUAAUCAAGCGUGCUGAGACUAUCAUCGGAAACGUGGGCGACGAAUAUAAAACUAUUUUCUUAGCUGAAUAUACACGCUUGAUGCGCGCAAGGCUCGGCUUGUUCUCAGAAAAAGAGAGCGAUUUUCAAGAGCUAUUCUCCGAGUUGCUGGAUACGCUUGAGUCAUUGGAGUUGGACUUCAACCACUUCUUCCGAAGGCUAAGUGCCGUCAAAGUCUCCGACUUGGAGUCUGAUGAGCAGCGAAAGCAGAAAGCAAGCGUCUUUUUCCACGCGGAAGGUAUGACCGCCACGAGCGGUGUCACAGAAGCCGCAGCACGGGAGAGGGUUGCUGCGUGGCUAGACAAAUGGGCGAAGAGAGUUAGCGAAGACUGGGGUGAGAGGGAUGAAGAGAGGGAGAAGGAGAUGAAGAAGGCGAAUCCGAAGUUUGUACCCAGAUCCUGGGUAUUGGACGAGAUUAUUCAGAAGGUGGAACAUGACGGGAAGAGGGAUGUAAUUAAGAGGGUCAUGGCGAUGGCAGAGCAUCCAUUUGAGGAGGAAUGGGGAGGCGAUAGGGAGGAAGAGGAGAGGUGGUGUGGCGAUGUUCCGAGGCAUGGGCGGAUGAUGCAGUGUAGUUGUUCGUCGUGA